GUGCUACUACUUCGAGUGCAUCUACAUGUUCCGAAAGCUCUGCUUCGAGUUAACGACCAGGCUGCAGGGUAUGACUUCCGAGGAUGAAGCCACGUUGGGCAGGAUCCAGAACUCGUCCUUAGCCUUCGUUGCGUCGAUCUUCUUUGCAAUGCACAUGUACUUCCAGCCGUACGACAACCGGAGCUACUUCAUAUUG